AUGGAUAAACCAGUUUCUUUAACAAAAGUUGAUGAUGCUUUUUAUCAACAACAACAGAAUCAAUAUGAACAACAACAACAAUCAAUCAUACAACAACAACAAUUGAUUAUUCAACAACAACAAGAACAAUUACAACAAUUCCAACAGGCUAAACAAAAUGAGCAGCUUCAAAUUCAACAACAGUUGUACGCACAACAACAACAACUCGAACAACAACAAUUGGAGCUUCAGCGAUUACAGUUUGAAAGAGCUCAAUUACAAUCGAAUCAAUUGCAAGCUCAACUAGAAAAACCGAUCGAUCUCCAAAAAGUCCAAGAGAUUCACCAACAAAUUCUCUUACAACCACCUGAGAACAUUAGUACCACCGUUUCCAAUGUCAAUCCAAAUGGAGUAGCUGCCGAGGUUGCAAAUGGUGUCUUACAUGCUCCAUCAGGUUCGGAGUUCGUUGGUGGCUGUGGAGUAAGAGGUAAUCUCAAGGUUAGAGUUAUCCGUGGUCAUAAUUUGAUGGUGGGUGAUGCUGUCACCAACAGUUCAGAUCCAUACGUCCUCAUUAAAUCGUCAUGCUUUGCCUCACAUCCAAAAACCAAAUUCAUUUCCAACAAUCUCAACCCAGUUUGGGAAGAAACUUUCUUUUUAUCGAUCGAAAGUGUUAGAACUGAAUUGCUAAUGUUCAAGGUUUACGACCAUGAUCUUGUUGGAUGUGAUGAUCUAUUAGGUUAUUUCGGUGUAAAUCUUUCAUUAUUACCAAUUGGUGUUGAAGUUAGAACAAAUGAAAAAUUAUAUUUUGCAAAGCAUGGUUCAAUAGAGAUUGCUAUUACAGCUUUAGAUUUUGGUCUUACAAAUAUUCCUCCCAACUAUAUCUCUACUUAUAUUGAUUGGAGAAAUAACUUGGUGCCACUCGAGAGAAAGGAUUUCAGCAACCUGCCCGGCACUAAAAAGACAUCAUCGUUCAUUUCAAAAACAGAUACAGCUAUGGGACCUUACUAUUGUAAAAUUACACACGGUGACUUCAAGAUCAUUCAUGGCUAUCCAAAACUAAGAAAGACAUCAAGACAAAGAGUUGCCGAAGGCUUUGCAACUGCAGGUAUUAUUACUGCAGCUGUUUUUGCUGUAAUUAUUUCUGCACCAUUCUCUGGUUGUAAUCAUCAUUGGUAA